UAGCUUUCAGUCUAGUUGUAUGAUUCGAAGGGAGCGCAUCAAUUAAUCACGGAACGAAGACAUUGUGGAUUUAUUAGCCUACAUUCUUCCCAUGCUGUAACGGAAUUGAAACGCAUAAAGGUUGAACUUUUAGUUAAUAGAGACCGUUGCGCUAUCGCUUUAACGCGAACCCCACUUUCUGGGAACUUCCGAAGACCUGGAUAACAUGGACGGAUUCUAUGAUCAGCAAGUCCCAUUUCUGGUCCCAGCGAAUCAGAAAUCUCACGUGGAUGAAACAUACAGCAGGUCAGUCAUAGACAACAGGAAAAGGAAGUUUGUUGACACAGAACUUGCCCAGGACACAGAAGACCUCUUCCAAGACCUUAGUCAGCUGCAGGAGAUCUGGAUUGCAGAAGGUGAGUUGACUUCCCAGGUGCCCGAUGACGAACAGUUUGUUCCAGAUUUCCAGUCGGAUAGCUUGAUGUUUCAUGGCCCCCCACCAACCAAGAUUAAACGGGAACUGAGUCCUUCCAAAGAGCUGUCUCCUUGUAGCCAGGACAGGAGUCCCAUGCCGUACACAGAGAAGUGCCUUUACAGUUACAGUGCCUAUGAGAGGAAACCUAGUGUGGGCUACAAGCCAUUGACCCCUCCCUCCACACCCGCGUCGCCGUGCAGUUCCUCCAACACCCCAGGGACACAUCCGCACGGCGUGCCGACUCCACCCCCUCAUCCUCAGAUACCCAAUCAGAACCAGACGCAAGGGCCCCGCCCCUUGACGCAUGGGCAACCUGGCAACCAAGUGGUUGGCCCCGCCCAUAACCAGCAGAGGCCGCUCCCCCUUCACAGCCAGAGCCCGCCCUUUGCUGUGCCCUGCCCCCCGUCACACCUCCGUCAGGAUGGCACCUACAGCCCCGAGCACAGGUUCCAAAGGCAGAUGUCGGAGCCGUGUCUACCCUUCCCUCCCUCUGAGAGCCCGGCGUGCCCCCAGUUCCUGGCACAACAGCAGGCCCCCGGCCACAACUCUAUGCCGCGGGACGGGAGGCCCCCCUACCACCGCCAGAUGUCCGAGCCCCUGGUCCCCGUGCCCCCACGCGGCUACAAGCAGGAGCUGCUGGACCCUCGCUACGCGGAGCAGGGGAGCGUCCCCUCCGUGGGCCGUCGUCAGGUUGCCUUCCACCCCAUGGCCGUCAAGCAGGAGCCCCGGGACUUCUGCUUUGACUCUGAAGUGCCUAAUUGUCAGUCUACAUUUGGAAGAGGAGGGACCUUUUACCAAAACAACCAAGAAAGUUUUCACUUUGACAGAGAGCCUCACCUCUACUACGACGACGCCUGUGUGGUUCCAGACAGACUAGAAGGCAAGGUCAAGCAGGAACCCUCAGUGUACCGGGACGGCCCACCGUACCAGCGCCGCGGCUCCCUGCAACUCUGGCAGUUCCUGGUCACCCUUUUAGACGACCCGGCCAACGGUCACUUCAUCGCCUGGACGGGCCGGGGCAUGGAGUUCAAACUCAUAGAGCCAGAAGAGGUGGCUCGUCGCUGGGGUAUCCAGAAGAACAGGCCAGCCAUGAACUAUGACAAGCUAAGUCGUUCCCUGCGCUACUACUACGAGAAGGGCAUCAUGCAGAAGGUAAAGGUUGCCGGCGAGAGGUACGUGUACAAGUUUGUGUGCGACCCCGAGGCCCUGUUCUCCAUGGCUUUCCCUGACAACCAGAGGCCCAACCUGAAGGCGGACCCAGACAGCCUGCCCUGCGGUGGGGUCGACGACGACACCGUGCCCCUCACCCAUUACAACGACAACCCCCCUUACUUGGUGGACUCCGGGGAGCAAUGUGUAGGAGGCCUGCCCUUUCCCGACGGCUACGGCUACUGACACAGCUCAUGCGUUACACACUCCCUCUACUACUCCUGAACCCGACCCGGGGCUCAAACUGACGAGGCUGAGCGAAGACUGGAUCAAACCUGAACCCGAUCCCUCCCUUUCCUCUCGCCAAUAAGUCACUCCUUCGAUCCUGUCCACUUACAGAUUAACUUAACCCUCCCCCUAAAACGACUGAGGAGAAACCUGCACCGACCAAAUUCUCUGACGUCCUCUACUGUACAGAGAGAGUGGGCAGUGACAGCGAGGGUGGAAUGUACGCCGGCGGCUUUGCCGACUCAAGGCGAGGUGGCGUUGUUGUUGCUAUGGAGACCAAGAAGAAGCGAUGGAGUGCCGGGGGCCGUGUUAUGGUGUCAACAUGCCGGAGGACUGACAGAUCUCUCUGCAAGAAUUGUAGCAAUUCUGAUUUUUGACAAUCUGCUUUUUCUAAAAGAUGAAAAGUAUAUUACAAAUGAAAGUUUUAAUUCUCACUAAAAUAUCUAUAAAUGCAGCACUAUUCUAUAGUUGCCUUUUUGGUCCCCCAUAAUUCUAUAUUUUUCUGCCACAUAAACAGCACGAUGUGUGUUAGUAAGAAAGGGCUUUAAUUUUCAAGAUAUCAAUGAAAGAAACUCAAAACCCACAGACUUGUUAGUUUCUGUAGACAUGGUAAAGACAUGUCUGGUAGUAUGCUGGCUUUUUUACAGUUUGGUUUAGAAUUAGUAGUACUCUAACCUACUGAGACACUUUGUUUCAGAUUAGAUGGCUGGAUUCCUCUAACCAGAGGCCUAUAACUUUUUAUAGUUUCUUUUUUUUUUUUUUGAAAUGAGUCUUGGUUAUGUUUUUAUCCAGUGUAAUCUGGGCCAGAUUACUGAACAGGCACACAGGGCAAAUGUGUUUAAAUGCAGGACGUUACCUAGAAGUUAGCUUAUAUUGCCUCAGCUGUAACUAACAAAUCAGUACUAAAAAUUAAUUCAAUAUAAAUUUGCCCUGCAGGAAUCCUUUUUAUUUUCCAAAAGGGACACCUCCAGUAAAUGUUUCCCAGAGAUUCAGAAUUUAUAUGCCUCAAAGGUUACAUUAUAAAGGUCAUUUAUUUCAUUGGGUGCUUGAUGUUUUCUCUGCAAUGAGUGUACUAGUUUCUCAGAUGCACCAGGAUGGCAGGCAUCGUUCAGGACCUUGCAUGCGAAGGGCUGAUUCUACACCUUUCCCUGGACGCGUCUUUCUGCCAAUCACAGGUUGUCGACAAGAGACCUCUGCUUCUCUUUGCAUGACCGUGUAUUCAAACUGUCCACCAACAUAUCGCUUUACUCUGGACAAAGCAGACAUUGUGAAAGUUCUCUGCAUUUUGUUCAUGUUUUUGUUUCUUAAAUGGGGAAAAAGACAAACUUAUAUAAAUAUAUAUUUUUGCUAAGUCUGCAUCUGUUUGAUUUUAUUAUUGUAUACUUCUGUAUAGUUCUGCCUAUAACAGAUAUGUAUCUUUUAAAAAAAACAUCUAAAUCCCUGUGAUGCGAUUUUAUUAUAUUACUGCAGACAGUUUGCUUUAGAGGUCAUUUUUGGUGAAUGAAAAGAUGACUAACUAGAAGAUUGUCUUAUAAAGGGGUGGUUUGGCUGGGGUUCUUUAGGAUAUCCUAAAUGUCCCUCUACUCCUAGUAUAGUGAACUACUUUUUUUUCAACUGGGAUCACUAUAUAUUGUGAAUAGGGAGCCAUUUUAUACUCAGUCUCUCAAUAAAGGGAUGUGUGUAUCCACCUAUAGUCUCUGCCCUUACCUGGCCAAUGGUUGUAUGCACCUGUAUAGGCUUCACCUUGUCUCCCUCUUCACAAUGUGUACCUUACACUGCUGAGUUUAUUAUCAUCUGUACGGGGUACAAUAAACUGUCCUUUCUGCUUCA